UGGCGUUAUUGCAGGGUCCUCCAAUUGUAGCUGCUAACUUACAGUCGGGGAUAAACGGCAACCGCUUACUUUAGACGAGGAGUCGCCAGUGAUAGGUACCGCAUAACAAAAAUCAGAGAUGGAGUCUUUGAUUGACAGCUUGAACACAGAGAAAUGGACAGAGAUUUCCGCAGCAGAAAGGGGGGAUGGUUUUGUUGAGUACUCGAUCAACAGGAAUGCUAAGCAGGUGGAUGACACAACUCUCGCCCUGAUGAUCGCAGACGAUGCUGGUAACGCUAAAACCGUCACCCUCUCAUACACCCUCCCCAAAAAGAACCCGGUGAAAAGUGUCAGUCGGUCAGAAAUCAAACUGGACGCUGAGGGCAAGACCGUCUUGGGAAUCGACCUAGAUGGCGACUGUGUCGUUAUGAAGAGUUAAUCACGUGAUCUAUGCAACUUUCACUUCCCUUUAUGGACUUCAUUUGAUAAUGGCUUCGCAGUUUGGAAGUACCCCUUUUUGUACAUUUUCACUGGCUUGUAUAAAUUCUGCACAUUUUUUGAAUGAAACAUUUUUACCACAAA